UAGAGAUAACAGGUUGUGCAUGAAAGCAGAAAGUAAGAUUGAAUCAGGGAAGAAAAAGAAAAAUUCAUAUCUAGUCCCUUAAUCAUAUUCACAAUAGAUAUGUCCUCCGAAUUGAACAAUGCAGGAAACGAGAAACAGGGCUUGUGUAGCAGCGGCGUACACUUUUCGGAAGAUGGUUUGGUGAUUCCACGGAAGUUGCCCAAUCCAUGCCAAGAAUCGGCUGAGAGGAAGAACGUCCAUCGAGAAUUAUUAUUUAACAAUAAAAUUGGUAAAAAUGUAUUGGGGCAGAAGUCUGAGCUACAAAAGGCUAUGGAGAAGGUAAAAGAUGACCAGAAGAAAAAAGAAAUGGAUCGGUUACGGAUCAACCAUUGUAGUCCAUUAGAGAAACAACUGGAGAUACAAGCUGUGAAACUUAAACAGCAAGAAGAAAGUAGCAACAAGACCUCGGAAGCUAGUGAAUUUGGAUUACACCAAGUACUGUCCAAAGUUCGUUCAAAGACAACAACCGUAGAACCCAAUUCUUGACGGUGUUUAAUGAUAAAGUUACUAGUAUUGUUCAUGUGUGGUACAUACAGCUUUAAGAAAUAGAACAUUCAUUUAAGAUCUUCUAGUUUGCCUCUUGACAAAAGAUAAAUGCAGUUAUUUCAGGAACAUAGAAUGUGCUUAACAUUUUAACUUUUCAUAUGCUAUUGUACAGGUAUAUUAUAUUUUUCAUCUUCAUACUCAAGAAUGAUAGUGUGUUCCUUAUAUAUCCUUUCCAAGUUGUUAACAUUUUAAAUUUUCAUAUGCUAUUGUACAGGUAUAUUAUAUCUUUCAUCUUCAUACCCAAGAAUGAUAUUGUGUUCCUUAUAUAUCCUUUCCAAGUUGUUAACUGUGAUAAAAUACUAAUCCUCAACAAAAACGAAGUGAAUUUUAAAUGUGGUAAAAUUGGUGUUUAUCAUCUGACAUAUGGAAUUAAGCUUCAAUUGUGCUGUGAAAGAACUGCAAAUAAAGUAUUAUAAGCACAAA